UAAUCGAUAAUACAUUGUACUCAUAAAGAACUUCAUAAUAAUAUGUUCCGAUUUACUUUCACCCUAGAACUUUAAAAAAAAUAACCUAUUUUUGGCAUAAUAUGUCAGAUUAAUAUGUCAAACAGAAUUGUGAACAGAAUUUCCUGCUUCAGUCGAACUGGAACAGAAUUAAUAAAGUUAUGUACAUACAUACCUUGUAAAAUAAAUUAAAAUGUUAAAUUUAUGUACGCUAAGGCAGUCAAAUAUAAUUACUAAUACGAUAUUUAAAAGAUUAUUUAUUGUACAUUCAUCUGCAUAUUUAUGUAGAAGAAAUUUUAGUGUUAUUUGUGAUAUAGGUUUAAAAAAAAGUGUACAAAUAAAUAAAUCAAGAAUAAAAUACGAGGUUGUAUCCUCUGUUCGGCAACAGAGAAAUCUAUCAAUUGCUGCAAUCGUGAAAUGGCAAGAGCAAAUAUACAGCAGUAUAUCAAAUAGCUACCCAGUUUCGUCAAUUCAAGAUGCAUUAUUAUAUUAUCAUGAAGUAACAGGUCUUCCUUGGUGGGCGGCUAUUGUUACAUCAACUAUUUUAGUGCGUACUCUGAUGACAUUUCCAUUCAGUAUUUAUCAGAAUUACAUUUUAGCUAAAGUAGAGAACAUCAGCUUAGAAUUAAAAGAUUUGGUAAACGAUUUAAAAAAAGAAACUGCAAUAGCUAAAAAAUCUUUGAAUUUAACUGACAAACAAUGUGCAAUUUUGUACAAAAGAUCUUUGAAGAAACAAUGGGUGAAUUUAAUAGAAAGGGAUAAUUGUCAUCCCUUCAAAGCAAGCUUAGUAAUAUUGAUCCAAAUCCCUAUAUGGGUCUGCAUGUCUUUUGCAUUGAGAAACUUGGUGUACCUGCAAAGUGGAGAUCCAUCUCUGUUGAUCACAUUUAUGGAGUUGUCAGCUGGUGGACUUGGUUGGAUACCAAACUUAACAGAACCAGAUCAUUCUUUAAUAUUACCAGUAGCUUUUGGUUUUAUUAACUUAACUAUAAUUGAAAUACAAAGGUUAUCUAAGCUUAGGCAACCUUCUAAAAUGCACAAUGUAUUCACAAAUGUUUUCCGAGUGUUUUCUAUAAUAAUGAUACCUGUAGCAGCCAGUGUUCCAUCUUGUAUGUGUUUAUAUUGGACUACAUCAAGUAGUAUAGGAUUGAUGCAUAAUUUAAUCCUUCUUUCACCAACACUGAGGAGAAAGUUAAAAAUACCAGAAGCACCAAGUGAAAUAGACAGACCUUAUCAACAUAUAAAAGAAGAACUUCAACAAACAAUAAAAAAAAUCUUGCCGACAAGUUUCAAAUAAAUUAUUAUGUAGUAUAUA